GGGCAUUUGCCCUCCUUCCCCCCUUCGUCCGUUCUCAUUGGCUCUCCUGGUAAGUGGCCUACUCCUGCCCACCGUCGGGUGACCAACUUGGCCAGUUGUCGACCGCACCCGGGGACUGACUCUGGCGGUUGGAGAGAGACUCUUGGCGCCGGGAUUGGGCACUCCAACUCUCUUCUAGCCCCGAGCUGGGAUUCCCUGGCCUGCGCCAGCUGCGUACAGGGCGAGUACACCACACCUGCCCGGGUCUUCACCCCCAGCUGCGAGACUCCUCCAUUCCCGGAGGGCUCCCCACACCUGCUGCGGCCGUGCCCCAUCUCCCCGCAGCUGCGGCGCUGAGCAUCCCCGUGUCGAGAGGCUGAGACCAGGGCAGCAGCCCUGACCAACCCUCCAACAGGCCGGGAUCCAGCCGUACUUCAAUGGAUCCCAGGGGUAUCUUGAAGGCAUUUCCCAAACGGAAGAAAAUUCAUGCUGAUGCAUCAUCAAAAGUACUUGCAAAGAUUCCCAGGAGGGAAGAGGGAGAAGAGGCAGAAGAGUGGCUGAGCUCCCUUCGGGCCCAUGUUGUGCGCACUGGCAUUGGACGAGCCCGGGCAGAACUCUUUGAGAAGCAGAUUGUUCAGCAUGGUGGCCAGUUAUGCCCUGUACAGGGCCCAGGUGUCACUCACAUUGUGGUGGAUGAAGGCAUGGACUAUGAGCGAGCCCUCCGCCUUCUCAGACUACCCCGGCUGCCCCCGGGUGCUCAGCUGGUGAAGUCAGCCUGGCUGAGCUUGUGCCUUCAGGAGAGGAGGCUGGUGGAUGUAGCUGGAUUCAGCAUCUUCAUCCCCAGUAGGUACUUGGACCAGUCACAGCCCAGCAAGGCAGAGCAGGAUGCUUCUCUUCCUCCUGGCACCCAUGAGGCCCUGCUUCAGACAGCGCUUCCUCCUCCUCCUUCUCCCACCAAGCCUGUGUCUCCUCCCCAAAAGACAAAAGAGGCACCAAACACCCAAGCCCAGUCCAUCUCUGAUGAUGAAGCCAGCGAUGGGGAAGAAACCCAGGUUAGCGCAGCUGAUCUGGAAGCCCUCAUCAGUGGCUACUACCCCGCCUCCCUUGAGGGAGACUGUGAGCCUAGCCCAGCCCCUGUGGUCCUGGAUAAGUGGGUCUGUGCACAGCCCUCAAGCCAGAAGGCGACCAACCACAACCUCCAUAUCACAGAGAAGCUGGAAGUUCUGGCCAAAGCCUACAGUGUUCAGGGAGACAAGUGGAGGGCCCUGGGCUAUGCCAAGGCCAUCAAUGCCCUCAAGAGCUUCCAUAAGCCUGUCACCUCGUACCAGGAGGCCUGCAGUAUCCCUGGGAUUGGGAAGCGGAUGGCUGAGAAAAUCAUAGAGAUCCUGGAGAGCGGGCAUCUGCGAAAGCUGGACCAUAUCAGUGACAGUGUGCCUGUCUUGGAGCUCUUCUCCAACAUCUGGGGAGCUGGGACCAAGACUGCCCAGAUGUGGUACCAACAGGGCUUCCGAAGUCUGGAAGACAUCCGCAGCCAGGCCUCCCUGACAACCCAGCAGGCCAUUGGCCUGAAGCAUUACAAUGACUUCCUGGAACGCAUGCCCAGGGAGGAGGCUACAGAGAUUGAGCAGACAGUCCAGAAAGCAGCUCAGGCCUUUAACUCCAGGCUGCUAUGUGUGGCAUGUGGUUCAUACCGACGGGGAAAGGCAACCUGUGGUGAUGUCGACGUGCUCAUCACUCAUCCAGAUGGCCGGUCCCACCGGGGUAUCUUCAGCCGCCUCCUUGACAGCCUUCGGCAGCAAGGGUUCCUCACAGAUGACUUGGUGAGCCAAGAGGAGAAUGGUCAGCAACAGAAGUACUUGGGGGUGUGCCGGCUCCCAGGGCCAGGGUGGCGACACCGGCGCCUGGACAUCAUCGUGGUGCCCUACAGCGAGUUUGCCUGUGCCCUGCUCUACUUUACCGGCUCUGCACACUUCAACCGCUCCAUGCGAGCCCUGGCCAAGACCAAGGGCAUGAGUCUGUCAGAACAUGCCCUCAGCACUGCUGUGGUCCGGAACACCCAUGGCUGCAAGAUGGGGCCUGGCCGAGUGCUGCCCACUCCCACUGAGAAGGAUGUCUUCAGGCUCUUAGGCCUCCCCUACCGAGAACCUGCUGAGCGGGACUGGUGACCCAUGGCUGGGGGUGCGGAGGAGAGCUGAGUUGGACUGGCUACCCCUCCUGGCCACCCAGUGGGGUACUCCCUCCAGCCUCAGCUGGCCAAACCUUGCUGCUCCAACCACCAGCUUCCUCAGCGAGCUGGACCCAGGGCUUUGGGCCUGAAGCGAGAGCCAGCAUGGCUCCCAGUGUCUACCCAGUCCUCUCCCAGACAGGAGCAGGCUGCCUUGAAGAAUUUUGCAAGUGGCCCCUUAUCCCAUUUUAAGCAGGAGCAGGUGGCUGAUUUGAAGCCCCAGGCAUCCCCCUUCCCUGCUAUGAGAAAGGCUGAGCUGCUGGGUGGGGACAGAAGCUGCCGGGGAGAGGGAAGCAGCUGUGCUGUCAACAUCGUCCAAGACCCUCUGGGGUAGGAGAACAGCCAUUCCACAUGUGUUCCCUCUACCCAUGCUGCUUCCUGGGCAGCUGGUGGUGCUGGGAAUGGGGUGCCCCAGCCUCGGUGAGGACAGUGUUGGAAGGCCCAGGGACCCAGUAAAGUGCAUUUGACAUUGAA